UUUUUAUUACUUACGUUAACCUAGUAGCUUGUGAGUGAUUUUAUUAUCUUGAAUUUAUUAUUCCAAAUUGAAAUUUAAAGUUUUUUUCGAAAAAAAAAGUUAAAGCGUCACACGCGAAUUUUUAUCAUGGAAAGUUCAUCUAAGCCACCUUUUCGCCGACGAGAGCAAAAGGUUGUGUGGGAAUGUCCUGCGCAUGAGACUAAAACAAUCCUGAAUACUUUAAACAAUGACUGCCUGUUUCGCAUUAUGUCCUACCUCAAUCUUCGCGAAUUAUUAAUUGCGGAGGAAGUCUGCAUGAGAUUUAAGAUUGUUGCUGAAAUGGUAUAUCGAACAACCCAUACUUUCAAUUCUUAUAAAUUAGCCUGGUGUAUUCCUCGUAUAACUAUGAACAUGCCAAGAGUAGAGGCAUUAAAAAUCAUGUCUAGAGUGGGUCCUUAUAUAAAUACACUCACGAUAUUCCCGGAUUGUUAUUCACGGGUCAAGAAUGGGUGCUUUAUUAUUCCCUUAAUUGCCCAAUGCAGAAGAUUGGAAACUAUCACAUUGAGAAACUUCAGUUAUUUCAUCAAUCAUACCAUUAAGGAACUAUCUCGGUAUCUGAAACGGAUGAAAAUCAAAUCAUUGGACAUCCACAAAAUCAAUGACGAACAGUUAAUAACUCUGACGGAAAAUAUGGAAUCGUUGGAGGAAUUAAGUUUAGCGUGCAAUGAGAUCGAUGGUGAAUGUCUUAUUAAGAUGCAACCCCAAAAUGUACGAAACAUCUACCUAUCCUCUUGCUCAUACUUGGAACCAGUCCCCUUCAAAAAAUUCUGCAGGAAAACCCGUCAAUUGGAAAAGCUGAUUAUCAACGAUUGUAAUAAACUUGAUGAUUCCUGCCUCCAUGAAAUUCCAAAAUAUCUGAAAAACUUGAAAACCCUAAUAAUAAGCAAUACCUACAGAAAUUGCUCAGCAGAUGACUAUUUAGUCUUGGCAGACUUACCGGAAUUGACGAAUUUUGCAAUAUGUUUUUCUCCAUCUUCUAAACAUACAAACAACGUUGGAAAACUCCUUUUGGAGUUAUCUACUCAGGAACGUAUAAAACAUUUAAAUCUUGAACGUUGCACUUUUACAAAUGACAUUAAAUAUGCACUUGGGCAGUUUAAGCACCUCCAUUCCUUGAGAUUGUACGAUUGUAAGAACUGCUCUGAUAUACUGCAGAGUCUAUCAUGCACGGAAACGAUUCAGUUUUUAGAUACAAAACAAACAGAUAUCACACUGGAGGAGGCGAAGUUGUUUAAGAAAAAAUGCAAGAACCUUAGAAGCAUGGUUGGAGGUGUUAUAAAUUUUAGGAGACCUUCCCUUAUAGACAACGGUGAAAGGUUCCAUUACGGCUGUGAAUGUUUCUUGGGGAAAAUUCGGAAAAGCAGCCAGAAAAACUAAGCACCACAUUCUUCUGUUCACUAGCCAUGGACAACCAUUGCAUUGACUGAUCUAACCAUAAAAGCUGCUGGAAUUUAUGUUUUUUUUUUCUCCAGGGGGAUGCCCAACCCCGAGAAAUCAGUACUUUUAGUGAGGCAGCAGGUUCUUCCGAUCAAAAUAAGGGAUCAGUUUGCACAAUUCCACUUGCAAUCGAAAGUACAUUUAAUUAGCUCUCGGUUGAUCCCUUCUCAUCAUCGAAAUAACAUUAUUAAUAUAAAAAAAAGUUAAAGUGUUUCUCGGGAAUCGGUCGAGAUUGAGCGAGAUUCGAGAAUUCCUCAUACAUUUUGUUCAACAAAAAGUGACUUUUCUUCACUGAUAAUGAGGUUAAACUAUCCCCUUGUUUUUCUCUAUAAUAAAUGCAUAAA